AUGACCGCCGUCCAGCAGAAAGUCCAAGAUGUGGUCAAACAUUAUCGACCAGCAAGGCAAUUUCCUGGCUCCACGCGAUCUGACGGCAUCGACAGUCGUGUCACAUCCCUGGAUUUCGAUGAUAUGGGUGAAUUCCUUGUUGCGGCCUCGGACGACGAGACCAUGCAGGUCUAUGAUAUCAAAGAGGGAAAGAGAACGAAGGUCAUACCUAGCAAGAAGUACGGCAUACAUCUGGCUCGCUUCACACACCACCCACGCAAUGUGCUCUUUGCUAGUACGAAACAAGAGGACUCCCUGCGCUUGCUAGAACUGCACAACGAAAGUUUUGUCCGGUACUUUACGGCCCAUACUGCUCAAGUUACCUGCAUAGCGUUAUCGCCUGGAGGUGACCAGUUCUUAUCGUGCGGAAACGAUGAUAUGGUUUGCCUAUGGGACUUGAAUUCCAGAAGUCCGCAGGGCAAAUUAAAACUGGUGACACCCUACUUGGCUGCCUACGAUCCUUCAGCAAAUGUGAUGGCUAUAGCGUCACAAUCGACUUCCUCCAUCCUUAUGUAUGAUGUCAGGAAUUUUGAUAAGGCGCCAUUUGAGACAUUUGACAUGUCGCAGGCUGAAGAUAGAUAUACUCCGACCACCAAAGGACGGGCCUGGACGAGAUUGGAGUUCUCCAAUGAUGGAAAAAGCAUGCUUCUAGGGACGGACUACCACGGACAUUUCCUCUUAGAUGCUUACGAUGGCGCUAUCAAAUCAUUUCUGGUAGGUAAAACGACUGGCACGGGUAGAGCUGCGCCAGUAUCGACUUCCGGAAAGCCAUUGGGACAGGGCGACGCCUGCUUUACCCAGGACGGCAGAUACGUAAUUGGGGGGUCUGGCGAUCAAUCAGACUUGAUGGUCUGGGAUACUCAAGCAGCGACUGGUGGUAGACAGGACCCUACUGCUAGACUCGCAAGUCGUGGGAUCAAGUCUGCUGUUGUACAGUGCAACCCGAGAUACAACAUGCUGGCAACUGCGGACACAAAAGUCUGCAUGUGGUUGCCAGGAGAUCAAAUCAAAACACCAGACCUUUGA